AGCUGCUGUAGGAGUCAUCCCGUCUCAGUUAGAGUAUGGAAAAUGUGCUGGCCUUCUCGAUCCUGAGCGCGUCGCCGGCCGACAUCGCCCCCGGUGGGAGCUGGGCUUGGCUCUCCUGGCAAGGGAGGAAGCUGCAGGAGGACGACCAGGAUGGAGCAGGGCAGCAAGGGAAGCAGGGCCAUGUGCCGGCGGAGGCAGAGCUGCGGCCGGACAAGGGGAAAUCACAGUCGCCAUCGCUGCUGCAGCCGCGGUUCACGCCGGAGUUUGAUGGGAUCGACUGCUUUGAGACCCUCGUGUGCCAUUAUUCAGUUAAUCUCAAGCCGUGGUUGUGACUGCUAAUUCUUUCUCUUCAUUUCGUGUUCAUUCGUUGGUGACUUGUGCUCCUAACUGCAGGAAGCCACAGGGUACAGGGUACAGAGUAAAUUGUAACCAAGUUCUUUUCUUUUCUGAUCUGUAUAAUCAAACGGACUUGUGUCCGUCAUGUUCAUACCGGAGUUGUACCCAUUUGGCCGUGAUUCCUUGGAUAAACUUUUGCUAUCUGCAUAGUUAAGGAAA